CACAAAUAAAUGCCCAACAAUUGACAGAUAACAUCAUAAAUAAUAUAGCAUUUUCUUUGCAGUCUGUGGUGCCGCAGUUCAAAGGAAUCCUCCAGAGAAACUCUUCAAAACAAAAACAAUGGCUGAUGAAUUCGAUGGCUGCGAGUGCAUCUGGUCGCAUGAGCUGGCCAUGCAGCGUCUGCUCAAUUUCAUACGCCAGAACCAGAAUGCUUGCACAGACACGGAGUGCAUCGAUGUUAGCGGACGUGUAGCUCAGACGACGGCACAGGGAGCCGGUGAGACGGGUGGAAACUUUACGAUUGCGGUGAUCUUCAUGCUCAUCGCAAUGUUUAUGUACGUGGUGAAUCCAAGCACUUGGCGCCAGUAUACGAACAAUAAGCCAGUGCGUCGGGAUAAUAACAAUCAGGAUGGAUCCCCGCCACCGCCGCAGCCACCGCCGGCAAUCAAUUAAAAUUCCCUAGAUCCGAUCCAUGGCUGUCCUAGUGCUAGAGCUUCGUUACGUUCAUAAGCAAUUUUGCAUUUUGGUUACAAAUAUAAAAAAAAAAAACAAAACAAAAAAAGGAAAGCAAAAUCCGUUUAGGGAUAUAUA